AGUACCUUGGGGUCAAGUGACUGCUGCUGUGCCUCACCAGCCAACGGUAUUCGGUGGCCCCAGCCACAGUUGCCCCUCGACCUGUCAGCGUCAGCCUCGGGCCUCCCGCACCUCCAUGACUGAUCGAUCUUCUCUUCCUUCGCGUUCCGUCACUUCCUAUUGCCUUUCCGAGCACCAUGCUGACGCAGCCCCUGCUGCUCUUGACGGACGGCGGCAGGGGGGAGGGGGGCGUGUCGGGAGAGUGAAGCGUGGAAAAGUUGCUCGUUUGCAUGCUUCACUGCUCACGAAAGCCGCCUCCCCAAUUGGCAUGGCUCCAGGAGUCCAGGAGUACAGGCACUUGCCCAGCACCCCGGCAACGGCACCACUCAGCAACAUUGCCGGUCCCCCUCGAGCUCGAGGCUCGAUGCACUGACACUGGCACAAUUGGGCCCAAAAGGGACGUCGGCAUCGGCAUCGGCCCCGUGAACGGCCUUGCAGCAGACAACAAGGGGCUGCCAGGCUGCCAGGCUGCCAUGCUUCCAUGCGCUGGGACAAUGUCUGUCCUGGAGGGUAGAUGCAAUGAAGCAGAGAUGAUGGAGAGGGGGAGAUGCCAUAGCGUUUGCACUGUGAGACGGAGACAGAGACAGAGACAGAGACAGAGACAGACGACUCUACCUGAGCCCGUUUCUGCAGCCAGCCAGCUCCGCUUCGGGUCUGGGCUCACCGCUGGUCACUGUUCUGUCCUGCUCUGUCCUUCUCUGCCCUCUCGUUCUUCCGACUGUGCUGUGCUGUGCUUUGCGGUGAUGUGCUGUCCUGUCCUGUCCUGUCCGUAAACUGCUGGCCUUGUCCAAAGGCCCGCUCGCUCGCUUCGGCCCCUGUGCCAGGCCACCCGGCUAUGCAAACGGCAGCCGUUCCAGGCCCCAAAAUCAGAUCAGCGUCCCCACACUGCUGGCUGGCCUGAUGGGACACCACGACACCCACUGAAAAGUCCAAGUCA